AUGGCAAAAAAAAAUAAUAAAAAUAGGAAAAAAAGAUACAUUGAAUGGCUGAAAGAAACUGAGAAAAAUAAUGGAAAAAAGAUUGAAUUAAAGACUAUAAAAAGACAAAAUAUCAAAUGUAAGACUGAUGAUGCAAUUAAUGAGCCAAAAAAUGUGUGUAUGAGUAUUAAAAAGGUAAAAAAGAACAUUAAAUUAGACAAAAAAGGAAAGAGAAGAUUAAAUAAGUUAUCUGGCAUUAAGAUGAAUAAUACCCCAAUGAACUUGUAA